CGGAGGACCUGGCGCCACGGCCUGCAAAGCCCCGCGAGGUCAUGGGGCCCGAAUGCCUAGGCGAGCAGGAAUCGGGAGAAAUGGCUUCCCUUGGAUGCACUCCGCACGCGCGCUGGAGUUUUAGCCGCCCUGGAGCGCGCGGCCGUGAGGACCCGGCUGACCCGUACCCCCGCUGCGGGCCUGGGGCUGGGUUUUCCCUCUGGGCCUGCGGGAACGGAACGGUGCUCCCCUGAGGGCUGCUGGUUCCUUCGUCUCAGUGCGAUACAGGGAUUACACCAACUGGAUUAUUUGGGGGACUGCAUCUCUUACAGCAAAAUGUCCGGGUCACACUUGGGGCGCAUCAAAACUAGGAAAAAUAACGAGGGAUGGCUGUAGAAGAGCUUCAAUCCAUAAUAAUGAGAUGUCAAAUCCUAGAAGAACAAGACUUUAAAGAAGAAGAUUUUGGCCUAUUUCAGUUAGCAGGCCAAAGAUGCAUAGAUGAAGGACAUAUAGAGCAGCUAUUAGAAAUUAUUCAAAAUGAAAAGAAUAAGGUCAUUAUCAAGAAUAUGGGCUGGAAUCUUGUUGGUCCUGUUGUUCGAUGUCUUUUGUGGAAUAAGGACGAUGAGAAGAGAAAAUACUAUUUUCUGAUGCUUGAUUUAUUGGUAAAGUUAUGUAAUCCAAAGGAAUUAUUGUUGGGUUUGCUUGAACUGAUUGAAGAGCCCUCUGGAAAACAGAUAUCCCAAAUUAUUCUUCUUUUACUUCAGCCAUUACAAACAGUGAUUCAGAAGCUUCAUAACAACAAGGCAUAUUCAGUGGGAUUAGCAUUGUCCACCCUCUGGAGUCAGCUAUCUCUCCUUCCUGUUCCAUACUCAGAAGAACAAAUACAAACAGAUGACUAUGGCCUUUGUCAGUGUUGCAAAGCGUUAAUAGAGUUCACUAAACCUUUUGUGGAAGAAGUCAUUAAUGACAAAGAAAACUCACUGGAAAAUGAAAAUGAAAAGUUAAAGGAUGAAUUACUGAAAUUUUGUUUCAAAAGCUUGAAAUGCCCUUUGCUGACAGCACAGUUCUUUGAGCAGUCCAAAGAAGCUGGAAAUGAUCCUUUAAGAUGUUUUGCAUCUGAAAUAAUAGGCUUUUUAUCAGCAGUUGGACAUCCUUUCCCCAAAAUGAUUUUUAAUCAUGGAAGGAAAAAGAGGACUUGGGACUAUCUUGAAUUUGAGGAAGAAGAAGACAAACAGUUAGCAGACUCUAUGGCUUCUCUGGCCUAUCUGGUAUUUGUACAGGGCAUCAGUAUUGAUCAGCUUCCAAUGGUCUUAAGCCCAUCGUACCUUUUGCAAUUUAAUAUGGGGCAUAUUGAAGUCUUUUUGCAAAGAACAGAAGAGUCUGUUUUCUCCAAAGGAGUGGAUCUGUUGGAGAAUGGUUUAUUGAGAAUAGAAGACAACAGUCUACUUCACCAGUACUUAGAAAUCAAGAGCUUUCUUACUGUACCUCAGGGCUUAGUCAAAGUAAUGACACUUUGCCCCAUUGAGACAUUGAGAAAAAAGAGUUUAGCUAUGCUUCAACUGUAUAUUAACAAGUUGGAUUCACAAGGCAAAUAUACAUUAUUUAGGUGCUUAUUGAAUACAAGCAAUCAUUCAGGUGUGGAGGCUUUCAUUAUUCAGAAUAUCAAAAAUCAAAUUGAUGUGUCAUUAAAGAGAACACAUAACAACAAAUGGUUUACAGGCCCACAGCUGAUUUCACUUCUAGAUUUGGUACUCUUUCUCCCAGAGGGUGCAGAAACAGAUUUACUCCAAAACUCAGAUAGGAUAAUGGCUUCAUUAAAUUUAUUGAGAUAUUUGGUUAUCAAAGAUAAUGAAAAAGACAAUCAAACUGGAUUAUGGACAGAACUUGGAAAGAUUGAGAAUAAUUUCUUAAAGCCACUCCAUACAGGACUUAAUAUGUCAAAAGCACAUUAUGAAGCAGAAAUUAAAAACAGCCAAGAAAAUAGCCAAGAAGUCCAAAAGUCUAAAGAUCUUUGUUCUGUAACUGUAGGUGGAGAAGAGAUCCCUAAUAUGCCUCCUGAAAUGCAGCUUAAGGUCCUACAUUCAGCUCUUUUCACAUUUGAUUUGAUUGAAAGUGUUCUGGCUCGAGUAGAAGAACUCAUUGAAAUAAAAACAAAGUCUACCCCUGAAGAAAAUAUUGGGAUAAAGUGAAACCUGCAUUUCCUAAAUAAAAACUAGUAAAAUACUUUAUUUUCCCUUAUGAUUAUUUAAUACCUUUAUAAAGACUUUUCUGUAAAAUACUGCUAGAAAAAUAAAUGUAGCUUUUCCCAUUUA